AUGCUACUCACGGUUGUCUACACCAGCUUCGUUGACCUCGCUCAGGAAGCCAAAGCGCUGGGUUUCGUCCUCUCCGAGUUUCUCUCGGAUCACACAACCUUUGGCCGCCACCCUCAGCAGUCUGGCAGCUACCUACUCUUCUUGUUCGCCGUUCUCCAUCUGACACAGAAUGAGAAAGAACCACCACUGGUCGCAACAGCGGUGCCGUUCCUCAGUCCCGUGAUUGGAAUGGUGAAAUUGAGCAUGGAUUUCUACACCAAUAUGAGAAACAAGCACCAUGACCUUCCCAUCUACAACUUGCGUCUCCCAGGUACUCGCCUUUACAUCGUCAACUCUCUCAACCUUAUUCUCAGUGUCCAACGACAAUGGCGCACCUUGAUCCUCCCUCCAGUAUCGGCUCGCGCUUCAGAAGUCGCUAUGGGUGUAAGCAAAGAUGCUCUGGCAAUCAUCCGCGAGGAUAUGAUCGCCGACACGGGGUUCUUUCACACCUUCAUUAAAGCCACCUACCCAUCUCUGUCGAGCGGCCCCGCGCUUGAACGGCUCAGUGGUGAUGCCAUGACGGUUCUUACCGCAUCGCUGGACAAUAUCGUAGACUGA